AUGGCAGGAGAGUUGGCUGACAAGAAGGACCGUGAUGUGUCACCUUCCAAGGAGGAAAGGAAGCAAUCUCGGUCACCUGACAGAGAAUGUGAUAGAGACCGGGAUCGGAAAUCUUCCCCUUCUAAAGAUAGAAAGCAGCAUCGGUCAAGGGAUAGGCAUCGAGAGGGCAGCCGGUCUCGCUCCCGUUCCCGGUCCAAGUAUACGGAAAGAGAACGAAGGCACCGGCACUGAGAGCAAGAUAAGGAGCGGAAUCGGAAUAAGGAGGACCAAGAUCGGGAUAAGGAUGGGCACAGACGGGACAAGGACCGGAAACGAUGUUUAUCUCCUGGACGAGAAAAAGAUUUUAAAUCUCAGAAAGCCAGAGACUCUAAGAAGGAUGACGAGGAUGAACAUGGUGAUGAGAAGCCUAAGGCCCAGCCAUUAUCCCUAGAGGAACUUCUGGCCAAGAAAAAGGCUGAGGAAGAAGCUGAGGCUAAGCCCAAGUUCCUGUCCAAAGCAGAACGAGAGGCGGGAGCCCUGAAGCGACGGCAGCAGGAGGUGGAAGAGCGGCAGAAGAUGCUUCAAGAAGAGAGGAAGAAAAGGAAACAGUUUCAAGACUUGGUCAGGAAAAUGUUGGAAGACCCUCAGGAGCGAGAACGACGGGAACGCAGGGAGAGGAUGGAACGGGAGACCAAUGGAAAUGAGGAUGAGGAAGGGCGGCAGAAGAUCCGAGAGGAGAAGGAUAAGAGCAAGGAACUGCAUGCCAUUAAGGAGCGUUACCUGGGUGGCAUUAAGAAGCGGCGCCGAACGAGGCAUCUCAAUGACCGCGAGUUUGUCUUUGAGUGGGAUGCAUCUGAGGACACAUCUAUCGACUACAACCCACUGUACAAAGAACAGCAACGGGUGCAGUUGUUGGGGCGAGGCUUCAUUGCAGGCAUCGACCUAAAGCAGCAGAAACCAGAACAGUCACGUUUCUAUGGAGACCUAAUGGAGAAGAGGAGGACACUGAAAGAAAAGGAGCAGGAGGAGGCAAGACUCCGCAAACUUCGUAAGAAGGAAGCCAAGCAGCGCUGGGAUGAUCGUCACUGGUCCCAGAAGAAGUUAGAUGAGAUGACGGACAGGGACUGGCGGAUCUUCCGUGAGGACUACAGCAUUACCACCAAAGGUGGCAAGAUCCCUAAUCCCAUCCGAUCGUGGAAAGACUCUUCUCUGCCCCCACACAUCUUGGAGGUCAUUGAUAAGUGUGGCUACAAGGAACCAACACCUAUCCAGCGUCAGGCAAUUCCCAUUGGGCUACAGAAUCGUGACAUCAUUGGUGUGUCUGAGACUGGCAGCGGCAAGACAGCAGCCUUCCUUAUUCGGUUGCUGGUCUGGAUCACUACUCUUCCCAAAAUUGACAGGAUCGAAGAGUCAGCAGGCCCUUAUGCUAUCAUCCUGGCCCCCACCCGUGAGUUGACUCAGCAGAUUGAGGAAGAAACCAUCAAGUUUGGGAAGCCACUGGGCAUCCGCACUGUAGCUGUCAUCGGCGGCAUCUCCAGAGAAGACCAGGGCUUCAGGCUGCGCAUGGGUUGUGAGAUUGUGAUUGCUACCCCAGGACGUCUGAUUGAUGUGCUGGAAAACCGCUAUCUGGUGCUGAGCCGCUGUACCUACGUGGUUCUGGAUGAGGCAGAUAGGAUGAUUGACAUGGGUUUUGAGCCAGAUGUCCAGAAGAUCCUGGAGCACAUGCCUGUCACCAACCAGAAGCCAGACACGGAUGAGGCUGAGGACCCUGAGAAGAUGUUGGCCAACUUUGAGUCAGGAAAACAUAAGUACUGCCAAACGGUCAUGUUCACGGCCACCAUGCCCCCAGCUGUGGAGCGUCUGGCACGGAGCUAUCUUCGGCGACCUGCUGUGAUGUACAUCGGCUCUGCAGGCACCCAUGAACGUGUGGAACAGAAGGUCUUCCUCAUGUCAGAGUCAGAGAAGAGGAAAAAGCUGCUGGCAAUCUUGGAGCAAGGCUUUGACCCGCCCAUCAUCAUUUUCGUCAACCAGAAGAAGGGCUGCGAAGUUUUGGCCAAAUCCCUGGAGAAGAUGGGGUACAAUGCUUGUACAUUGCAUGGUGGAAAAGGCCAGGAGCAGCGAGAAUUUGCACUGUGUAACCUCAAGGCUGGGGCUAAGGACAUUUUGGUGGCUACAGAUGUGGCAGGUCGUGGUAUUGAUAUCCAAGAUGUGUCUAUGGUGGUCAACUAUGAUAUAGCCAUAAACAUUGAAGAUUAUAUUCACCGCAUUAGCCGCACUGGACGAGCAGGCAAGAGUGGUGUGGCCAUCUCCUUCCUCACCAAAGAGGACUCUGCUGUGUUCUAUGAGCUGAAGCAAGCCAUCCUGGAGAGCCCGGUGUCUUCCUGCCCCCCAGAGCUAGCCAAGCAACCAGAUGCCCAGCACAAACCAGGCACCAUCCUCACCAAGAAGCGCCGGGAAGAGACCAUCUUUGCCUGAC